GUCCUUCCAUAAGAUUUUGUUCAGAUUUAGCGCCGUCUUGAUUCCGUACGGCUUUCAGUAUGCAGGACAGGCAAGUGAUGAUGGACGGACCCAAGGCGCUCGCCCGGGCACGAGCGGCGCACAUUUUGUCGCGCAAAUUUGCCAACCGAGAUCGAGUCAAGGCGAAAUUACUGGAAGAUCAAGAGAUUGCGCAUUUAGUUGCCGAAAACGAACGUCUAGAUGAGGAGAACAAAGUGCGUCUUGCCGCGGAGGCACGUCAAGUACUACUCCUCGAGAAACAACGCGUUGCUCUCAAGCAACAAGUGAUUGUCAGAGCGCUCCGGGAAGAUACUAAGGUACCAAGGUCACAUCAGCACCACUCUUCGAUCCACUACCGGAAGAAGAAUGAAGCAUCAAGCUACAUAAGUGCGAGAGAGAUACCCCAAACUAGGGUAACAGGGGACGAAGCGUUUUUUUUAAUCAAGAUUGUGGACAUAGAACGUACCUCCAGUGCGCGGAUCGGGGACUCCUCCGAGGAGUCCG